CCCUUACUCGCGUCUGUGAACCUGACUGUGUGUGAAAGAGAGAGAGAGAGAGUGAGAUGAAGUCUGUUGACGCACACCGACCAGCUUUUCCUUGCUCAGUUAUUAGUCUAGUUUUUUUACGCCCUCUGCUUUAAUAUAGUGAUCUGAUAUGGGACCGCGUGUCACUGUCACAGUUCCGCUGUCAUGUUCGUUACCGGCAGAAUGUUGAGCAACACCGGUGGAGUCGCGAGGGAAUUCCUAAUGUGGAGCGCUAUCUGGAUCACAGACAACUGACCCCAAAACAAGGAACAUGAGACGCGGUAAAGUUCCCAUACCGAUACUGGAUGUACUAUCGGCUAUUCUGCUGCUCAUGCACCUGUCUGAAAUGGCAACCAGGGCUGCAGCAAUGGUGUCCAGCAGGGUGUCAGUAGAGAGCAGUUGUCCUCUGGGCCAGUUUCCCUGUGGUAAUGUGACAGUGUGUCUACACCAGGCUCUACAGUGUAAUGGACAUAGAGACUGUCCCAAUGGAGCCGACGAGGACAACUGUGGAGACAACAGUGGAUGGGCGGACAUCUUUGAUCGAACCAUCAGGAAGGUCGAACCACAGGUCCUACCGUUACCAGAAGACUGCUUCUUGCAGCAGUACCCACAGCGUUGUGACUGUAUCAAGACAGAGCUGGAGUGUGUGGAAGUCAACCUACAUGACGUUCCUCAAGUCUCCACCAAUGUCACCUGGCUGUCUCUGAAGAGUAACGAGAUAAAGAGACUGUCGGACAACAUCUUCUCCAAAUACACACACCUGCAGAGACUGUUCUUACAGAAUAACAGCAUCCAGACAAUCUCCACUCAAGCCUUCAGUGGACUCUACAAACUGGAGAGACUGUUUCUCAGUGAGAACUCCAUCUCAUCUCUCAGCCCGGGUGUGUUCAGUGAUCUCCGUAAUUUAUGGUGGUUGGUGUUGGAUCACAACCCCCUGAACAGUGUUUCCCAAGACACUUUCACCGGCCUCACCUCCCUCAUGUUCCUCUCCAUGGUUAAUACAUCUCUGGUGCAGCUCCCCCAGCCCAGCCUCUGUCACCACACACCAAACCUCAGCUGGGUGGAUUUUGAGGGUAACCAGGUCUUAACCAUUAGCUACUCUACUCUGAUGACCUGCAGCCACCUCACAGUACUGCUCCUAAUGGACAACAAGAUCACAACUCUUCCUGAAAACACUUUUCAGUCUCUAGUGGUUCUAGAAGAACUAGACCUGUCAGACAACCGGAUUACUGAGCUCCCCAACAACACCUUUAAGAGCCUAAAGUCUCUCGUCAAACUGAACAUAUCCCAUAAUCCUCUGUUCCACAUCCACCCGGGUCACUUUGAUCACCUGACCCAGCUCCAGUCCCUAGGUCUGGAGGGUAUUGAGAUUCCAGACAUCCAGACGAAGAUGUUUGUACCCAUGGGAAACCUCUCACACAUCUACUUCAAGACAUUCCAGUACUGUUCCUAUGCGCCCCAUGUGAGAACGUGUAAGCCCAACACAGACGGUAUCUCUUCCUUCGAGGACCUGUUAGCUAACGUGGUGCUCAGGGUCUCUGUGUGGGUCAUGGCCUUCAUCACAUGUUUCGGGAACCUCUUCGUCAUCGGGAUGAGGUCUCUGAUCAGGGCAGAGAACAACUUGCACGCCGCCUGCAUCAAAGUCCUCUGCUGUGCAGACUGUCUGAUGGGUGUGUACCUGUUCUUUGUCGGUGUGUUUGACGUGAAGUUCCGAGGGGAGUACAAUCGGAACGCUCUCCUGUGGAUGGAGAGUGUGGAAUGUCGAACCAUCGGAUUCCUGGCUAUGCUCUCCUCAGAGGUAUCAGUUCUGCUGCUGACCUACCUGACUAUGGAGAAGUUCCUGGUCAUAGUGUUUCCCUUCAGCCACCUGAGACCUGGUAAACUACAGACUGUGGUGGUGCUAGUGUCUAUCUGGGUGCUGGGGUUCAUCAUCGCUGUGGUUCCCUUGCUGAACGACGAUCUGUUUGGGAACUACUAUGGUCGUAAUGGGGUCUGCUUCCCCCUACACUCUGACAGACAGGAGAAACCCACUGCUAAAGGAUACUCUAUCGGAAUAUUCCUUGGUCUGAAUCUGGUAGCCUUCCUGGUGAUCGUGUUCUCCUACUCCUCCAUGUUCUACUCCAUCUAUAAGACUGGAAUCAAUGCUACAGACCUGAGGAGCAGGCUACACAGAGAUGUGGCUGUAGCUAACAGGUUCUUCUUCAUCGUCUUCUCUGACGCCCUCUGCUGGAUCCCCAUCUUCCUGGUCAAGAUACUGUCCCUGCUGCAGGUCGAGAUACCAGGUACCAUCUCAUCCUGGGUGGUGAUCUUUAUAUUACCCAUCAACAGUGCCCUGAACCCUAUCCUCUACACCCUGACUACCAGCUUCUUCAGAGAACAGGUGGAGUUGCUGCUGUGUCGCUGGCAGAGACGGUCGACCAUGAAGAAGAACAGGAAGAGCCUGACCUCCUCUAUCAUACAUGGAGGCCUAACAGAAUACAUCCUAUCACCCCCCAGUCUACCUACUGACAUGGACCCUCGCUAUGGGUGAGGGAAGGAGGGAGAGACAUACUAUCACCCCCUUCAUAUCUGCUCAGAAUUUCAUUGGAUCCUGACUGUGGGUAGAAAGGGGGAGAGUUGGAGUAAAGAGGAAGGACAGUAUUCAUUUUACCACCCCCUGAAUCCCACUGACUGAGAUAUGAAGGCAUCUCCACCUGGGGAAGGAGAGGAGAAAUUUUACCACCCCCUGAAUCCCACUGACUGAGAUAUGAAGGCAUCUCCACCUGGGGAAGGAGAGGAGAUAUUUUACCACCCCCUGAAUCCCACUGACUGAGAUAUGAAGGCAUCUCUCCACCUGGGGAAGGAGAGGAGAUAUUUUACCAUCCCCUGAAUCCCACUGACUGAGAUAUGAAGGCAUCUCUCCACCUGGGGAAGGAGAGGAGAUA